AUGUCGUUCACCACAUCCUCAAGUCAACUUACUCUCUUCGGCCGCGGAGGCUACAACGGCCCUAAGGACGACGAGGAAGACUCUUUCUUGCCAACGGCACCCCUGACCCUCAACAUGGGCCGCGGAGGCUACAACCGCGGUGCCGGUGACGACGAAGAAGAAGACGGAAGAGAGAGAGAGAUUCCGGAAGCCACCCAACGGCCCCCACUUCGUGUUUCCAUCCCAGCAUUUCCAGCAUUAGCAUCAAAAUCGACAUUAGCAUCAAAAUCAGCAUUUCUAGGCGCGCCAUGCAUAGCAUAUUUCCUCUCCAGCACAGCACAAGACGCAUCCAAGGGGUCUCACGACCCCACUUGA